AUGAGAGAAAUUAUUUCAAUUCACAUUGGACAAGCAGGUGUACAAAUUGGAAAUGCAUGCUGGGAAUUGUAUUGCAAAGAACAUGGUAUUUUACCUGAUGGUAGUCUUGAUUCAAUGGCUAUGGAGGAUGAAGGAUCACAAUCUUUUUUUUCACAGACAUCUGCAGGUACUUAUGUUCCAAGAACCUUAAUGGUAGAUCUUGAACCAGGUGUUAUUGAUUCAAUUAAAUCUUCUAAUUAUCGCAAUUUAUUUCAUCCUGCACAGUUAAUUCAUGGAAAAGAAGAUGCUGCAAAUAAUUAUGCAAGGGGUCAUUACACUGUUGGUAAAGAGAUAGUUGAUCCUGUCAUGGAACAAAUUCGAAGGAUGGUUGAUAAUUGUGAAGGACUACAGGGAUUUCUAAUCUUUCACAGUUUUGGUGGGGGUACUGGUUCGGGAUUUGGUUCUUUACUGAUGGACAGGCUAGAUGCAGAAUUUGGUAAAAAAAGUAAACUAGAAUUUUCUAUUUAUCCCGCUCCUGCUAUUAGUACUGCGGUAGUAGAGCCUUAUAAUAGUGUAUUAACUACACAUACUACAUUAGAACAUAGUGAUUGUUCUUUUUUAGUUGAUAAUGAAGCUAUUUAUGAUAUGUGUAAAAACUUAGGAAUAGAAAGACCUCAUUAUUCUGAUAUUAAUAGAGUGGUGGCACAAGUAGUAUCUUCUAUUACUGCAUCUUUAAGAUUUAAAGGAUCUUUAAAUGUUGAUUUAACAGAAUUUCAAACCAAUCUAGUUCCUUAUCCUAGAAUACACUUUCCUUUAGUAGCUUAUUCACCUAUGCUUAGUAAAGUAAAGGCAUCUCAUGAAAAGUUAAGUGUACAAGAAAUUACAAAUGCAUGUUUUGAACCACAGAAUCAGAUGGUAAAAUGUGAUACAAAAAAAGGUAAAUAUAUGGCAUGCUGUCUACUUUUUAGGGGAGAUGUAAAUUCUCAGGAGGCCAAUAAAGCCACUGCUAAUAUUAAAGCUAAAAGCUCUAUUAAAUUUGUAGAAUGGUGCCCGACAGGCUUUAAAGUGGGAAUUAAUAGUAGAAAACCUACUGUUUUAGAAGGACAAGCUAUGGCGGAAGUGUCUAGGGCUGUAUGUACACUUAGUAAUACAACAGCUAUUGCUGAGGCAUGGAAAAGACUUAACCAGAAAUUUGAUCUUAUGUAUGCGAAAAGAGCUUUUGUUCACUGGUAUGUAGGAGAAGGAAUGGAAGAAGGAGAAUUUAGUGAAGCUCGUGAAAAUUUAGCUAUGCUUGAAGAUGAGUAUAAACAAAUAUUAUGUGGCGUAAAUGGUGGUGAUAACGAAUAA